AUGGGUGUACAGGUGGCCGGCAGAGCCUCUGCCUGGGCCCUGAAGCAGGAGUUUGCAACAAGCUCGGCAGCUGCUGAUGCUCAGGGUCGUGCUGGGCACCAGUCUGCAGCUGCAUCCAAUCUCUCUGGCCUCAGCCUCCAGGAAGCCCAGCAGAGGCCAGAGGAAGUCCAGAGGAAUUAUGAGCACCUAUUUAAGGUGAGUGAUAAGUCCAUGGGUGGCUCCUUCUACAUGAGGUCAAAGGUUGUCUGUGCACAGGAACGCCUAAAACAGGAACUCUGA